CGUUUUGGCAUGUUGCUCCGUGGUCGUUCGCUUUUCUUCCAGUGUACCCAGUGCUUUCCCAGAGAUCCGAUCUGAGAUAUAUCAACCACCCGAUCGAGUGUUUAGUUAAGCAAAUGCAUCUAAAGCGGGCGCAUUAAGUCGCGACUAGUUAUAUAAAAAGGGCAGAAAAAAUCGAAAGAUUUGCAUAAAUAAAUUCCGAAACUACUUGAACUAAUUUGCCUACAUUAUAGCCAAAAUGAGUGUCGAAAGAGAUGACGAAUACCUUAAGUUUGUGCCCCACUCAAUGUCCUAUCAUGUGGUCCCAGGAGGGGAGUUCCAAUGCAAAAAGGCAAACCACAAUUCCAGGAAACUCUCCACCAUCGAUGAGCAGGAUGACGAUGUGGCCAAUCAAAAGGGAAUUACGCACCAGAUCUUGGCCACUUGUGCGGUUCUUUUACUAUCUGCUGGAUGUGGCAUGCCCAUUGGAUAUUCAGCGAUCUUGCUACCACAAUUGACGGAUAAAAAUACCACUGAGAUCCCCAUUGAUGUCGAAACAGGCUCUUGGAUAACUAGUAUCCAUAGCUUGGCUACGCCAUUUGGAUCCCUGCUUUCGGGACCUCUGGCAGAUUACUUAGGUCGUCGGAAGACCCUGAUCAUUGCGGUUAUUCCGCUCUUGAUGGGCUGGAGCUCAAUGGCCAUAGCCAGGGGUAUCAAGGUGGUGCUUUUCGCCCGGUUUCUGUGCGGAUUCGCAACCGGAAUUUUGGGUGGACCCGGUCAGGUCUACAUUGCGGAGACGACGGAGCCAAAUUUAAGGAGUCUGCUGAUCGGAGCUCCAUACGUGGCUUACUCCCUUGGAAUCCUGCUUGUUUACUCUCUCGGCUACAUGAUGAACUGGCGCGUCGUAGCCUGGUGCGCCAACAUCCUGCCCCUGCUGGCCAUGAUUUCAAUUUCAUUCAUCCCUGAGACUCCUGCCUGGCUCUUACGUAGUGGUGAUGAAAAGCGUGCCCUGCAGGCACUAUCAUUUCUUCGGGGCAGCGACAUCAGUGCUCAGAAGGAGUUGAAUGAUAUGAAGCAGAGAUUGGCCAAGGAGCGGGCCACCACCAGGACAAACGAGAACAUAUUCCAGCUCUGCUCCCAAAGGGUGGCCAUUAAGCCGUUGGUCAUCGUGAUCGUGUUCUCCCUGCUCCAGAUGUUCUCCGGAACUUUCAUAGUGAUCUUCUACGCAGUGAAUAUGAUUUCUGAAUUCGGAGCUGAGCUCGAUCCCACGCAGGCGGCGAUUGCAACCGCAGCUGUCCGGGCCGUCUGCUGCAUGGUCUUCUGUGUGAUCCUGAUCUUCGUUCGCCGUCGCAGGAUCAUGAUGGUCUCGGGAAUCGGUUCCGGUCUGUUCUGCCUGGUCUUGAGUUGUUAUCAAUACGCUAGACAUGACCAGCCCAAAAUGAGCUACGAUAUUUUAGUAGGAGGUAUUUGUCUCUUGGGUUAUAUUAUUUUCAAUACGGCAUUAAUGGUGAUGCCUGGUAUCAUGAUCGGGGAGCUUUUCCCCGCCAGGAUCCGAGGAAGGACGGCAGGUGGAGUGUUUGCCUCCAUGAAUGUGGCUCUUUUCAUCUUCGCGAAAAAGUUCCCCGCUUUGCAGGUGAUGCUCAAAAUGCGCGGAGUGUUUCUGGUCUUUGGAGUUUCUAGUUUCUUAAUCACCGUCUUCAUGUGCUUGUUCCAGCCGGAAACAAAGGGCCGUAGUCUAGAGCAUAUUGAAGACUACUUCAACGGGAGCAACUGGCUGUGGUUCCGUCGUGAUCGCGGCUACAAGACGGUCAACUUGCAACCCCUGCAACCACUCAAGGCCAAUCGGGGGACGGACGCAUAGUCCGGGGGUAUUAAUUAGUAUUAAAUCAGGUCUUAGCUAAGCUAGUUUUAGACAUUCUCGUAGUUCUAGCCAAAGUGCCUCGUAGUCGUUAGACUCGCUCGAUUUUCCAGUGUCCCCCAGUUGGCCACUCCGACAGGGAAUCUUCAAUUGCUAUGUUUAUUCUUUCCAAUUGUGAUCGCUACGCUUUAAAUUGUGUCUAAUUGUUAAUCUAAUUAAAAUUUUAAUUAUAAAUAAAAACAAUUGAGAAUUUA